AGCCACCAUUUAGCACGGGGCUUCCAGCACGGCGUUUGAGGUUCAGAGCAAUGCGGCGUGCACGAGUCUUGUCGGGUUGUGCCGUACUCCUUGCCGGGGGCAUUGCGUUCCUGAGCCAUCCGCGAUUUGCUACCUCCCUGGGCAGGAAUGGCUCUACAGGCGUUCCUCGCUCCGCGUUCCAUCCAGCAGAGGCAAGUGUCGAGGGCAUAGAGUCGGCUGGGCCGGUCAUGGCGGCGGCCGCGGCCUUCUUGUUCAGCGCAGUGCUCAGCCAAGGAUGGAGCAGAAAGUCCAGCCUGCCUUCAGCCCAGCUGACCGGCAUUGCAGCUCAGGCUGCGCCCUGUGCCAGGUAUGAGCGCGCUUUGGUGCCCAGAUCUGCGAUGUUGUUCGAAAAGUUCUCUGAGAAGACCAUCAAGGCGGUGAUGUUGGCCCAAGCGGAGGCGCAGAAGAUCAAGCAGGACCACGUGGGCACGGAGACUCUGGUGGUGGGCCUCUUGGCCGAGGGCAGCGGCGGCGCGCAGGCGCUGCAGACUUUGGGGGUGCACCUCAACGAGGCACGCAGGGAGCUGGAGACCAUGGUGGGCCACGGCAUGGGCGGGAAGUCGCAAGAGAUCCCGUUUACCACCUCAGCGAAGCAGGUUCUCGAGGACUCGGUGAGGUGUGCUCACGAGCGAGACAUGGCCCAAGUGAGCACCUGCCACCUGCUGCGGGCGGUGCUGCUGCAGGAGAACAGCAACGGCUGCAAAUUGCUGGGCAAGGUCCUUGCCACCGAAAGCCUACAGGUGCUCCGCGAGAAGAUCUUGGCUGCGCUGGCGCGGGUGGAAUCCACCGAGGCCGGCAACAAGGUCCCGAUGAGCGGAACCGCCCGCACCGUGGCGGACGAAGUGGACCUCACUCAGACGUUGAAGUACGGCACGGAUCUCACGCAGGCGGCCCGGGAGGGUCGCCUGGAUCCGCUGGUGGGUCGCCACGAGGAGUUGCAACGCACCAUCCGUAUCUUGGGACGGCGGACCAAGAACAACCCCGUGCUCAUUGGGGAGGCUGGAGUUGGCAAGACCUCCAUCGCCUUGGGCCUGGCGCAGCUCAUCGCGGAGGGCAAGGUGCCGCUGAACCUGCAGGUGGUGCAGCUGGACUUGGCGCUGCUGCUGGCGGGUACCAGAUACCGAGGCGACUUCGAGGAGCGGCUGAGGGCGGUGGUGAAGGAGGUCUCCGAGAGCCAACGCCGGGUGAUCCUCGUGGUGGACGAGGUGCACACGCUGGUGGGCGCGGGCAGUGGUGGGGACACCGGUGGCGGCAUGGACGCCGCCAACUUGCUGAAGCCGGCGCUGGCGCGCGGCGAGCUGCAGUGCAUCGGAGCGACCACACUGGACGAGUAUCGGAAGUACAUCGAGCGGGACCCCGCCUUGGAGCGACGAUUUCAGCCGGUGAUGGUGCCCGAGCCCAGCGAGGCGGAGUCAGUCCUCAUCCUUCAAGGUUUGGCGCCGAAGUAUGAACGCCACCAUCAGCUGCACUACACCAAUGAGGCCUUGGAUGCUGCGGUGAAGUUGGCCAACCAGUUCAUUGCCGACCGCUACCUGCCGGACAAGGCCAUUGAUGUGAUGGACGAAGCCGGCUCCAAGGUGAGACAGCAGCUCUACCAAGCAGCCGAGGACUCCCAGAACGCGGCGGAGCGCUGGGCCGCAGGCCGCGAGCUGAAGGAGGUCUUGGCGCAGAAGCAGUCGGCGGUGAACGCGGAGCGCUACGACGAGGCGGCGCAGCUGAAGCGGCGCCAAGAUGAGCUCGAGGAGCGGCUGGAGGGGCUACAGCAAAGCCACAGCACAGACGAUUUGCUAAAGGAACUCCAGGGCUUGGGUGCGCAGAUCCGAGAGGCGGUGGUGGCCGAGCGCUUUGUGGAGGCACAGGAGCUGAAGACUCGCGAGAAGGAGGUCGCGGAACUGCUGGAGAAGAAAGGUAUCACUAGUGAGGCUGCCCGGCGGCAAGUCACUGCCGAGGACGUGGCUCAGGUGGUGGCAGGCUGGACAGGCAUCGCCGUGGAGCAGGUGGGCGCCAGCGAGUCUGCUCGGCUCCUGCACCUGGAGAAGGAGUUGCACCAGUCCAUCAUCGGCCAGGAUGAGGCGGUGUGCAGCGUGUCCCGGGCUCUGCGGCGAGCGCGGGCUGGGCUGCGGAACCCCUCCCGGCCCAUGGCGGGGUUCAUGUUCUGUGGCCCCACGGGCGUGGGCAAGACGGAGCUGUGCAAGACUCUGUCCAAGACCUUUUUCGGCAAGGAGGAGAGCAUGAUCCGACUGGACAUGAGCGAGUUCAUGGAGAAGCACACCGUCUCCAAGCUGAUCGGGGCGCCUCCCGGCUAUGUGGGGUACAACGACGGGGGCUCCUUGACGGAGGCGGUGCGAAGACGGCCAUACUCCUUGGUCCUCUUUGAUGAGGUCGAAAAGGCGCACCCUGACAUCUUCAACGUCCUGUUGCAGCUCCUGGACGAUGGGAGGCUGACAGAUUCCAAGGGCCGCGUCGUCUCCUUCGCCAACACACUUGUGGUUAUGACCUCCAACAUCGGCAGCAGGUCUGUCCAGAAGAGCGCUUCCGGGGGCUCCGGCCUGGGCUUUGGCAUGGCGGAGGACGAGGAGGAGGAUAAGUACUCCAAGGUUAAAGAGCUCGUGCACGAGGAGAUGAAGAGCUUCUUCCGCCCGGAGUUCCUGAACAGGCUGGACGAGGUCAUCGUCUUCCGGCCGCUGAGGGAAGAUGACGUGCGGGCUAUCGCAGAGGUGGAAUUCAAGAAGGUCCUGAACAGAUUGGCGGACAAGGACCUCCACAUUACCCUCACGCAAGGCUUCAAGGAGCAAGUGCUGAAGGAAGGCUUCGAUCCGGCCUAUGGCGCCAGGCCCUUGCGGCGCGCCAUCACUCGCCUGCUGGAGGACACCUUGGCAGAGCAGCUGCUGGAGCAAUCUGCGGAGGGCGAGGGCAAGCACUUGUCCGUCACCUUGGGCGUGACGGAGGAGGGCAAGGUGAAGGCGGAAGUCACCCAGAUCAAAGACGUGGAGCCGGAAGCAAAGGAGUCGCCGGUGCUCGAAGAUGCAGCCGCGGGUGUUUGAAUGGUGCACAAAAGGGGCUCAAUGCCCAGUUCCGUCUCGGACACGGCUCUGAGAGAAUUCGCCAUGUAAAAAGCUUUGCAUCUUGCCUGAGAGAUGCGAACAAGUCGGAA